CAGAAAGUUGAUGUGGAUCUAAAAUUUACAGUGUUAUUGUGUUUUUGAUUAUUUAAAUUGGAAAUCCUUUUUCAUUAAUUUAUUCUUAGUUGCUCAAAGGGAAUUUUUAUCAAGUUUUCGCUGAACAAUUGAACCUGAACUAUUAUUCAACUUGGAAACACACGACAAUUGUGAUAAUUUACAAAUAAUUAAACCUUCUGAUCUCUUUUAUACAUCAUCAAACGUAAUCAGAGAAAAGAUUUCUUUUCUCUCUCUCUCUUUUUCCCAUUUCUCUUAACUCGAUUUAUAUAAUACUACUUGGGCUACCUUUUUAUUAUUCUUACUGCCUCUAUCUCUUAAUACUGGUUGUUUUCCCUUUCGCCUGUUUCUCUUCUAUCAACAGCUUGUAUUUUAUAGUCUAUACUGUAUAAAUUGUGUAAAUUUUUCAUCUUGCCAAUACUUUAGAUUUUGUAAUAAUGUCUGGCCGUCAAAUUAACCGAACUAGACCUGAUGGAGGACGUCAAGGUAACUCAUCAUAUUUCUCAUCAUCAUCUGCAAUAUCCAACAAGUUUGGGAUCACUUGUGUGGUUUGUUGUCAUUCUAUUCCUGGUGAGCAUCGCCGACCAAUUUUUGCCAUUGGGCCUUGUGAUCAUUCAGUUUGUUAUCAUUGUUCUGCUAAAAUGAGAGUCCUCUGUGAGCAAAAUGAAUGUCCCAUUUGCCGUCAAGAAAUGUCUGAGAUUAUUUUCACUGAAGACUUCAGAAAAAAAUAUAAUGACUUUGGUGAUAAACGAAGACUUCAUUUUAAUGAUAAAUUCAAGAUUUACUUUGAAACUCAAGGUUGCCUUGAUACAUUUAAUUCCUUGUUAGAGGAGAAAUGUAAAAAAUGCAAACAGCUCUUAUCUAGCGUACAUGAAUUGCAAGACCAUUUAUGGGAGAAACACAGACUUUUAACAUGUGAAUUAUGUGUUCAAAACCUGAAGAUUUUCAGUGAGGAAAGAAAAUACUAUACUGCUGGACAACUCGAAGCUCAUAUGAAACAUGGUGAUCCUGAUGAUCGAUCAUACCAAGGGCAUCCUGCGUGUCAACUUUGCAGUCAACGAUAUGUUGAUACUGAGGAAUUAAAUCGUCAUCUUCGCCGUGAACAUUAUUAUUGCCACCUUUGUGAUAGUAAUAAGAUCAUUUAUUACAACAAAUAUGAAACUCUUAAUCAACACUUUCGUGAGGAGCAUUACCUCUGUGAAGAAGGGCCUUGUAAAGAUGAACAGUUUACAUCAGUCUUCCGCUCAGCAAUAGAUUUACAAGCACAUAAAGCUCAAAGUCACUGUUUGACCAAAUCUGAAGCUAAACAUGCUCGAACUUUAUCUUUGGACUUGACAUUCAAUCCCACUCCUCGAGGUCCUAGAGCCGGAGGGUUUAACCCUGUGGUUGCCUCUUUUCACGAUGAAGGCAAUUCUCGUGGUGGUCGACGAAAUCGUGGUGAUCGUGGUGAUCGUGGUGAUCGAGGUGAUCGUGGUGAUCGUGGUGAUCGCAGUGAUCGUAACGACAGAGGUGAUAGAGGUGAUAGAAAUGAUAGAAGUGAUAGGAAUGAGAGAGGAGAAAGAGGCGAUAGAAAUGAUAGGGGUUAUCCUCCAACAAUACCUGAAGAUAUUUGGAUGACUGAUGAUUUAUCAAAUUUGGGAGCAGUUGGUCCAAUUCAACAAUUACCUAGACCAGAAGACUUUCCCUCUCUUGGUGAGCCAAGUCGACAGGGACCACCAAUACCUAUUCGUGAUAAUCCACUUUCAACCACUGCUUCUAGGAUUGCUGCAAGUAAAGAAUCAAAUUUAGAUAAUUUAAAUGGUCAAAAUUCGAAAGCAGCAAAGAAGCCUAAACAUAAGUUCAGUACAAAAGUUAAAGAAUCUGCUACUUUUGGAAAGAAAGACGACGAAGAGUUUCCAGCUCUCUGUGGUCCGAAUGGAAAUAGUAGAGAGAUUUUAAAUGGCCGUUCUGUUUCUAAUUCAGCUCCUUUGGCUACCAUUUCACUGGCUGAUGCAGUUAAAUUAAACUCAAAACCUCCUGAGAAGCCAUCUGCUCAACCGACCAAUACAGCCAAAACAGCUAAAACAGUUAAAACAAUAGCAAAUGAUUCAAAUAAUACCAUGGAACCUUCAAACCAAGACUUUUCUUUGACACAAAAUGACUUUCCGUCCUUACCGUUUAAAAUCAAUGGAAAUCGAAAGAAAAAGAAAGCUCUAAAUAUACUAUUAGCUAGUUUAAAUAAUCCUCAGCCAAAUCCUCCUCCCAACUACACUUCUGUUCGUCUCGUUGACUCACUUGUUCCUAAGGAUGAUAAUGCUAACGAUAAGCAUGAAAAUGACACAAAGCAAAGUUUAGAAGCAAAUAUGGAAAGUUUGCUUCUCAAAGAAGACAAUUUUCCUCCACUUGCUGGUGAAAUGAACAAAACCAAAUCAAAAGCUGGCAAGAAAGAGUUACCUGUUAAACCCAGUUCAUCGAAGUCGUCAGGCUCAACAAGUGCUAACCAGAGUACUUUCUCAUCUCUUUUACGACCACCUCCAGGUUACGAGAAACGUAACCCCAAUAAAAUUAAUUUGAACGAACUAUCUUUAGAGGCAGUAGCGCAGCAAGUAAUCAAACCAAAAAGUCCACCAACAAAAAAUCAACAUGUAAAUAGUAAAAAAGCUGAACUGAAUAACACCAACAAUCAUAACGAAGCUGUUAGCAGUAAAACAAACCAUUUAAUUAAUAACGAUAACGACAGUACUGGCAAGCAAUCUUCAUCUUCUAGCAAUCAACAAAAAAGCAAAAAAGAAAAUUCCAAUCAAACAACAUUAGAUCAUCGCAAUGAUUCUAAAGCUGCCAAGCAAUCAUCAUCGAAAGGAACAGUUAGACAACAAAAUGGAAACACUCGUUCGCAAAAUUACGAGGAACCUUCUGAAUACUCUUACAUUUAUCCAAAGGAUUUUGAUGAAAGAAAUCGACAUCUUUUCGAUAUGGUCCAGUCAAUCUUGAAAGAUCGAUUCAAAGAGUUUGAUCAAGUCUCUAGAGCAUUCUUUAAUGAUGAUAUCUCACCGAAUCAUUAUUACAGCAAAUGUUGUGAUAUGUUUCGUAACAAGUUAAAUCAAGUUUUAUUAGAUUUAAUUGUUCUAUUGCCUGAUAUUAGGAAACAAAAACAUCUCCUGUCUGCCCAUGAAACUAGUGUUAAACAAAAGAAAGGAGUCAUCCUUAAGAAGGCCGGUGUUUGGGAAAUCAAAUCGGAUUCAGAGUUAGAUUUCGUAGUUUGUCCUAUGUGUGGACAAGUUUUAAACAAAAAAGAUGGUCCAGAUCAUAUCACAACGCAUCAAAAGAAACAAAUAUUAUCUUAAAGCUGUAAAUUCCAAUCAGUUUAAUUUAUCUUAAUUGAUAUUUAAAAUAUCAGGGAGAAUUUCGAAAUGAGAAAAUUAUUCAAGCAGAUGUGAUUCUUGUUUAGUUUUCCCAUUUCUUCAACUCAAAAAUGAGUUUCCGUCUUUGCAAUGCGUUCGAUUUAUGAAAAGUCUUGAUAUCUUGAACUCUAUCAUUUCUCCCUGGUAUUUUUGAAUACAUAGGAAUCAAAUAUUGUUAUGCCACGAACCAAAACAAAGUUUUAUUGUAAACAUUCGUAAAUUAUUAUAUAUAUUUAAUAUAUAAUAAUAAUGAUUAUAAAAUUGAUAAUUCUAGUUCAUUUUGAUUGUUGAAACGAAAAAUGAUAGCGCCUCUGAUCCAUCUGUUGAUCUGGAUGUCUCUUCAUCAGAAUUUGGUUUACUCAACUGUUCGCUGUUUUGUUUACGAACCUGCAUCCAACUCGACUGAAAUUACAAUCAGUGGGGUUAAUCAUGAAACAACAAAAAACGAGCAAAUUAAUACAUCAAAAUAAAUUUUUUUGCAGACAU